AUGGUGUACCAUGGUGUACUCAUUGCUGUCAUCGUCGCCGCGAUUGUGAUUCUAGUCAUGGUCCAAACCGAGGUUGUAGACGUUGGCGACAGCGAAGACACGGACGACUGGGUUGAAGUGUCUUCGCAGAUCAUCAACGGCGUGUUUACGUGGCUGGCUGUCACCAAUCAACCGCUCUACGUUUAUCGAUUUGUGAUGACAACGGUCGCAUUAAAGGCUAGCACCGGACAGCAGAACGAGAAAAUGGAGGUUACACGUGCUGCAGGACAUUUGAGCAAAAUUUUCCCGCAUAUAUUUGUCAGCAAAAGCGGAAUUUGCUGCGAGACUAGCGCGAUGGCAUCUCAAGCUCAAGAGCGUGGCGAGGUGCAGGAUUCAUCAGACGAGAACGAGGUUCUGGAGGUGGGAAACUUUAUUUUCUUUCGCACCGACGUCAGGUAUUUAAGAAACACGUUGGGCAUUUUGAACUGUGGCUGCCUAAUCCAAUACGUUAUGUCGGGAUAUAUGUGGGGCUACGAUGAAUCUUCACGCCCUGCAUUCGCUUUACCGGUGCUGCUUCCACCAGCGAUUCUCUGCAACGUCAUUGGCCAGUAUGGAUUCUACCAACUAAAAAGGAAAAGCGACGGUCGACAAGUCAUCCCUGUCAGGUCUGGUCCGGUCGCUGACAAGCUGUCAAGUUCACGAAACUCGUUCGUGUAG